GGUGGUCCAGUGGGAGUGGAGCUACGUCCAGACUCCGUACAUCAUCGCCAUCUGGCUACUGGUGGCCAGCGUGGCCAAGAUCUUGUUCCACUUCUCCCAGCGCUUCAUAACAGUCGUCCCAGAGAGCUGCAUGCUCAUCCUGCUGGGUCUGGUCUUGGGAGGGGUCGUCCUAAUGGCCAGUAAGAAGCAACUGUACCAGCUGGAGCCCGCUCUCUUCUUCCUCUUCCUGCUGCCGACCAUCGUGGGUGACGCCGGCUACUUCAUGCCAGCCCGCCUGUUCUUCGACAACCUGGGUGCCAUCUUGACAUAUGCCGUGGUGGGAACACUGUGGAACGCCUUCUGCACCGGCUUCUGUCUGUACACUGCCAAACUGCUGGGGGUCAUAGAUGAGCGUGUGCAGGCAGACCUGAUGGACUUCCUGUUAUUUGGGGCAUUGAUCUCAGCUGUAGACCCUGUGGCGGUGUUGGCUGUGUUCGAGGAGGUUCAUGUCAAUGACACACUCUUCAUCAUCGUGUUCGGAGAGUCGCUGCUCAAUGAUGCUGUCACCGUGGUUCUAUAUAAAGUCUACAUUUCCUUUGUGGAGGUGGGAGCAGAGAACGUUCACACAGCAGAUUACUUCAAAGGAGUCGCCUCCUUCCUCAUUGUCAGUGUCGGGGGGACUCUGGUGGGUCUGGUAUUUGCCAUAAUCCUGGGCUUCAUCACUCGUUUUACCAAGAAGGUUCGGAUCAUUGAGCCACUCUUCGUCUUCCUGCUGGUCUACCUGGCCUACCUGACCGCUGAGCUCUUCUCCCUGUCUGCCAUUCUGUCCAUGACCUUCUGUGGCAUCGGUGCCAAUAAAUACGUGGAGGCCAACAUUUCCCAGAAGUCUCGGACCACUGUGAAGUACACAAUGAAGACUCUGGCCAGCAUCGCUGAGACCAUCAUCUUCAUCUUCUUGGGGAUCUCAGCUGUGGACAAAUCCAAAUGGGCCUGGGACACUGGCCUGGUGUCCUGCACCCUUGUUUUCAUCUUUGUCUUCAGAGCUGUCGGUGUGAUCGGUCAGACCUGGGUUCUAAACCGCGUCCGUCUCGUCCCAUUGGAAAAGAUCGACCAGGUGGUGAUGUCGUACGGCGGCCUGCGAGGGGCGGUGGCUUUUGCUCUGGUAGUGCUGCUAGAUGGUGAACGGGUCAAAGCCAAAGAUUACUUUGUUGCUACAACGAUUGUGGUUGUCUUCUUCACCGUCAUGUUUCAGGGUCUGACCAUCAAACCUCUGGUGAAGUGGCUCAGAGUUCCUCGCUCCACCAGCAGGAAGUUGACCAUCAACGAGGAGAUCCACGAGAGGGCCUUUGACCACAUCCUGACAGCAGUGGAGGACAUCGCAGGACUGCAGGGAUACCACCACUGGAGAGACAAGUGGGAGCAGUUUGAUAAGAACUACCUGAGUAAGCUGCUGCUGAGGAAGUCUGUGUACAGGAAGAGUGAACUGUGGGAGGCAUAUCAGAAGAUCAACAUCAGGGACGCCAUCAGUGUCAUUGACCAGGGGGGGAAUGUUCUGACCUCAGCCAGACUCUCUCUGCCCUCCAUGGCCAGCAGAGCCUCGUUUCCUGAGGUCACCAACGUCACCAACUACCUGCGUGAGAACGGCAGUGGGGUGUGUCUGGACCUCCAGGUAAUCGAUAAUGUCCCCGGAGCCAAAGUGGAGGAGGACACUGAGACACACCACGUCCUGGCUGAAAACCUGUACAAACCCAGGAGACGGUAUCAGUCCCACUACAGCCGUCACUUCAUGCCUCUGGGGGAGAAGGAGCGCCAGGACCGGGAGGUGUUUCAGAGGAACAUGAGGAGCCGCAUGGAGAAUUUCAAAUCCACCCGAUACAAACACCACAAGAAGGAGCGCAGCUUGAAGAAGCAGAGGAGAGGAUCCGACACCAAGGAUGAUGGCAGCGACAAACCCAGACGCAAUGUCAGCUCGCAGGACAAAGAUCCAAUGCUUGUUCCUGUGGAGCCGCAAGUGGAGAAACCCUUGGACCCUGAGAAGGAGGAAGAUGUCGGGAUCACCUUUGUAGCUCGCAAGGCUGAGACACCAAAGCAACGACCCAAAUCAGUCCCAGCAGCUCUGGAUGGGUGUCAGAGUCCAUCAGCCGUCUCCCCAACACUCAGUAGCGAAGCCAGCCAUCUGCCAUGGAAGGGCAGUGUAGGUUUGCCUCCACCCUGUGUGUCUGUGGAGGCCACAAAGAUAAUCCCCGUGGACCUCCAGCAGGCCUGGAACCAGAGCAUCUCUUCCUUGGAGAGCAUCUCAUCCCCACCUGCCCCUGCUGAGUCUGUGCAUCCCCGUGUGAAUGCCCUCUCCAGAUUGGGAAGAUCCCGGCCCACCUCCUACACUCCGCCAGGCAGCGUGGUGGGCAGCACUUCCUCCAUCGGAGCCCAGGUGUCGCAGGGCUUCUUCCACUACCCUGAGAAGAAGAAGGAGGAGGAAGAGGAGGAGGAGGGGAGCACAUUGCAAGAGAUGCAGCCACUCAUGUCAUCUCUGUGGCCCCCCAGCUCUCUGCCUCCCCUACACCCUCCAGCCAGCUCCGGUCUAGGCUCAGGGAGGACGAGGAAACCCUGUGUGUACCUGAGGAGCCUUGUGAUUCCGCCCCCUCCUGGCGGCAGCGAGCCACACAGUCGGGGCCCCACCCAGCUGUAACAACAGGUCCCAGAUCAGUGACACUUGGGCCACCUGUAGGGCAGAGCAGGAACUGUACUUCACCAAUCAGCAGCGUAAAGGCACCUUCACACAUGCUGACAACCAGCUAUCUGUCAGGCUGUCCAAUAGGAACCCAGCUCACGCAGCUUAGAUGUCCUCUUGUCUGCAGCGUCACAUCCACCCAGAUAGUCCUGUUCACUGUGUCCUAUCCAUAUAGUUUGCAGACCUCAUGUCUGCUUGCAGCUUGGCCUAAUGAUGUCUGAGAGUGAGGUAAAAAAUGUGACCUGUGUGAAGGCUGAAUGUGCCUCCUGUGGUCCGAGCAGAUUUUAAAGCACAUCACCAGCCACUACAUUUCACCAGCUCCUGAAAGUCUAAUAGUGAAGACUUUCAUAUCAAAAGUACUGCUACAAAGAAAUCUUUUUUUCCAGUUUUAUUUCAGACAUUUUUCAGCUUCUGUGUCAGGACUGUCCACAGAUUCAGUUUCUUCCAGCAGCAGCACAGUCAGGCAGGUAUCAGAGCUGUUGUCUCUCGCUCCAUAUGUAAUCAAACAAAUCCUAUUCAUUCUGCAGGAGGUGGCCACUGAUGGAGUGUCCUUUGGGUGAAUUCUGCUUUGUUGUAACUUGGAUCUUGACUUUAUAGUUUGGUCCAUUAUACUUUCAUUCAUAAUAAAAGUACAGUUGUUCA